AUUACUUCGAAAAAUUUGGCAACGUUGUGUUAUUCCCAUUAGUUUUGUUUAAUAUAUUCAAUUUCAAUUCAAUAUAAUAGACAAAUAGACUAAUAUUCCUAAAGUUACAGGGUUAGGUAUUAUAUGUUCAUUGUUUAAGAAUUAAUUAUCAAAAAUCUUCAGAGUUUAUACAAUGCCUGUUCCAAGUAAUGAGAAAAAUACAUUAGAACCUGAAGCUAAUCAAGCUUCAACUUCAGACGAUAACGCUGACGGUGCCGCUUUAGGGGGUGAAACUGGUCCUACUGUUAAUGAAAUAGUAAUUAUAGAUCCUGAAUGUUUAGAGUUAGAUUUGAACCAUGGUCGUAUAGAUAAACUGCAAAAUUUAGAGCCUUUGACACGCAUUGAAAACCUGUAUUUGAGAUGGAAUUUAAUUACAAAAAUUGAAAAUUUGGAUACUUUAACCACUCUUGUAGAAUUGGAGCUAUAUGAUAAUCAAAUAACCAAAAUUGAAAACCUUGGAUGCUUGGUCAACUUGGAGAUAUUGGAUUUGUCAUUUAACAGGAUACGUUCAAUAGAAGGACUAGAGAAUUUAUCAAAGCUAAAAAAGUUGUUUCUUUCAUCAAACAAGAUUAGUAAGAUAGAAAACUUGAAUAAUUUGGACAAUUUAACAUUAUUGGAACUUGGUGACAACAAAAUAAGGGAAAUUGAAAAUAUGGAAGGCUUAACUUCCUUACAGUAUCUUUAUUUGGGAAAAAAUAAAAUAUCCAAAAUUACAAAUUUGGACCCUCUUAUAAAUUUGACGUGCCUAAGUCUUCAAAGUAAUAGACUAACAGUUAUAGAAAAUUUGGAAAACUUGAAACAGUUAAAUGAGUUAUAUUUAUCAGAAAAUGGAAUUGAAAAGAUAGAAAAUCUUACGGAGAAUAAAAAAUUGGAAACUUUAGAUUUGGCCCACAAUAAAAUUAAGAUUGUCGAAAAUAUUUCACAUCUGGCCGAACUCUCCGAAUUUUGGAUGAACAAUAAUGAAAUUUCUGAUUGGUCUACCAUCGAGAAUUUGUCAAAUUUAAAAAAUCUUGCUACGGUUUACUUUGAGAAGAAUCCUUUCGCAGAAGAUCCCAUGUACCGAAGGAAACUAAAAUUAAUUUCACCUUCUUUGACUCAAAUUGAUGCCACUUUAUGUCGUUAAAGAAUCUUUUUCACAAUAAAAAGACUUGUUGGUGAUUUAAGGAAUAAGUACAGUAUUCUAUUUGAUGUAAUUUUUUGUUUAUUAACUGAACUAAUUGUAAGAUGAUGUGUUAAGACAAAAUUAAGAAAGCUUCCUCAAGUUUGUAAAUAAAUAAAAUAUGUUACUAAGUUUCCGAUAUUCCUUCAAGACUUUGUCAAAUUCACCGAGUGAGGUUUAUGUCUAGUUCUUUCUCAACCAGCUAACAUUUUUUGAUCAAAAAAUAAAAAAACUCUUGGGACAAAGUGAUAUUGGAUGAAAGAACGAGAAGAAUCUCUCUUCAUUGACAUGAUAACUGAAGAUGAAAUUGCCACUGAGAAGUUAUCAAUCAGGAUUUCUAUUUUAUUUUGAUUAUUUCAUGCAUCUUUUAUUCGCUUUGGUGUAUUUUGGCCGAGUUAUGCGCUUCAUAAACUGAACAUUAACAAAUCUCCUUGUUAGAAGACAUUAUGUUGUCAAUACAUUUGUGCAUAAGUAAUACACACAUGGUUGUUUCAAUUAAUGAAUUAUUUAUGAAUUUCAAGCGGUUCACGUGCAUUUUGUUGUAUGUUAGUGUUGAUAGUAUCUAUAUUAAAAAGUUUUUAUGAUAAAUAAAACAAACAGUUCUAAGUACAAUUUUAAUAAUUUGAAUAAAAAUAUCAUGUAUCGAUUUU